UUUCCUUUGCAGAUUUGGGGUUACAAUUGUAAUCAAAUUUGACCAAUCAAACCUGGUGAAGAGCUAUAUACCAGCUUUCCUCAUAAUCGUGGGGGGCUUGUCCCUCCGACCCACCGACGUCGUCAAAUUCUCCAUUGCUCUUUUCCUUUCAAAGCCCUCCUUUGUGCACAAGACUUAAUCGACAAGAUACAAUUUGGAUGUAUCUUCACUCCUCUGAUAGUUAUUCAGAUCAACCACAGUUUUAAUUACAUCUCUUUUAGAGCGUGGUAUUAUUCCAACUACUCAAUUGACGACUUAACCUUGCAAAUUAAUAGGGUGGUAGGCAAUGGGAUAUGCAAAUGGUCUUUUAUGUCCACAGGGGAAGCAGCCACUUCUCUCCUUUGGGGUUAUAUCAGAUGUCCAGUAUGCUGAUAUCGACAAUGGCCUCUCAUUCCUUGGCGUUCCUAGGUAUUACCGGCACAGUGUUAGUGUGUUGCGAAGGGCAGUUCAGAAAUGGAAUCAAGAAAAGCCUAAGUUUGUUCUUAAUUUUGGGGACAUUGUUGAUGGGUAUUGUCCCAAAGACCAGUCAAUGAUUGCUGUCAAGAAAAUUGUUGAUGAAUUUGAUAAAUUCAACGGCCCUGUCUAUCACAUGAUUGGAAAUCACUGCCUUUACAAUCUUCCUCGAAAGGACCUGCUUCCAUUGUUGAGAAUCCCUGGCCAUGAUGGUCAUGCCUAUUUUGAUUUUUCUCCAAUUCCAGAGUACAGAUUUGUAAUCCUAGAUGCUUAUGAUAUCAGUGCCAUUGGUUGGCCGGAAGAUCACCCAAAUACUUUGAAGGCCUUGAAAGUUCUUCAGGAGAAAAACCCAAAUUCAGACAAAAACAGUCCAAGUGGACUUGUGGGACUGGAGAGAAGGUUUCUCAAGUUCAAUGGAGGUGUUGGGAAAGAACAACUGGAAUGGCUGGAUCAUGUCCUUCAGGAAUCUACCAAGUUGAAUCAAAAUGUAAUAGUGUGUUGUCAUCUGCCUUUGGAUCCUGGAGCCUCAUCUUUUGCAGCGUUGUUGUGGAACUAUGAUGAAGUGAUGGAUGUGAUACAUCGCUAUGGCUGUGUGAAGGUCUGUAUGGGCGGACAUGACCAUAAAGGUGGACAAUCAGUUGACUCCCAUGGGGUACAUCAUCGGGUCCUUGAAGCCGCUCUUGAGUGCCCUCCUGGUACUGAUUCUUUCGGACACAUUGAUGCUUUUGAUGAUAGAUUAUUACUUUUUGGUACUGAUAGAAUGAAGAGCACUGAGAUGGUUUUUCGUCACUAGACCAUCUUGCAAGUUGCAACAAAAAAAUCUACAGUUUGUAAAGUUUAUCCACAUUUUGCCGUUACGAAAAAGGAUGUCAACUGAUA